UAUUUAAUCAACGAACACAAUUACACAGUAGUUCAACAAGCAUGACUUUGUAGCAAGUAAUUAUAUGUUUAUCUGAAAAUGCCGCUAAUACAGAUAGUUUUGCUGAUCUAUACGGCUGUGGGUCUGAAUAUUCGUAUGUCUCGAGGUGAAGAGGAAUGCUGGGCUCUUGUAUACAAAAUAUCAACUGGAGGAAAUGGUAGUGCUUACAAUUUGUUCAUGUCUGGCGAUUCAUUAAAUGUUAAUGACGAGGAAGCCAUGUCAUUACACUGCUCUAAUCCAUCGAGGAAACACUUUAAAUCGGAUAUCGUCAAUAACUGGUCCACAAAUGGAAUAGAUCAGGUUAGAGUGUCAGUUUAUGUGAAUGGUAUUGAACAGAUAUUUCUUUUGUUCAAUGGAAGCAAGACAAACAAAACGAACUGGUUUGAUGAGAGUCGGCUCAUGAAUAGUAGUUACAGUGAUCUGAAUGAACAAACAAACGUUUCUUUCUUUUCUGUGGACGGAAUAAGUGGAAAUGCCGAUGACAGUGUCGGCAACUAUAGUAGACGUUUUUACAUAAGAAAUGAAACAACUGGUAAUUGCGAGACAUCUGAUUAUGGUUGGUUAUUUGUUGGAGAUGAACUAGGCAACUGCGACUAUGAGAGAAAAAUAGAAGACAAGCCCUUCAUUCUCUUCAGCAAUCCUCCGUACAUUUCUAAAGCAUUGAACCAUACAUUGGCGGACAGUUUGGCAAUAUUUAUAAAGUUUUCAAGUAAAGCCAAUUGUUUGAGCCCAUUUGUCAUGAACCGUGUUCACGAAAAUUCGCAAUGUAUAACUGACAAUGCAGAGACAUCAACAAACCCUGCACAGACAUUAUCAACAAACCUUGCACAGACGUCAUCAACAAACCUUGCGCAGACAUUGUCAACAAACCCUGCACAGACGUCAUCCACAAGCCCUGCACAGACAUCGUCAACAAACCCUGCACAGACGUCAUCCACAAGCAUUGCACAGACAUCGUCAACAAACCCUGCACAGACAUCAUCAACAAACCCUACACAGACAACAUCAACAAACCCCACAGAGACAUCAUCAACAAACCCUGCACAGACAUCGUCAACAAACCCUGCACAGACGUCAUCCACAAGCCUUGCACAGACAUCGUCAACAAACCCUGCACAGACAUCAUCAACAAACCCUACACAGACAACAUCAACAAACCCCACAGAGACAUCAUCAACAAACCCUGCACAGACAUCGUCAACAAACCCUACUACAAUAAGAAGUGAAGAUCUGCAAAACAAAAUAGACAGGAUUAAAAUGGAGCUAACGGUACAGAGAAAAUCAACACAAAAGUACAAGAGAUCUCUGACGAGUGCCCCAGAUGAGAGAAAGUCAUCAAAAAUAAUGGGAAUAAUUGGAGCAACUGUUAUUACCUCUGUGAUUGGAUUUAUAGUGCUAAUGGACUGUUCCACAUGCAAAAGGGAAAGAAAAGGUAAAGCAAAGAAAGGCAACAAUUAACAGUGCUAUUAAAACUACAAAUGGUUCUACAUGUUAUUGAAGAAGGAUAUUUGAUGCGAGAAAGGGACAUAACAUAAAUAUACACAAUUCUUACAUUAAAAUGAAGGAAUGUUGCUCGUAGUUUUCUGUACUCAUCUGUGGAAUAUACAUUAUGUCCACACACAUGCCUAAAAUGUAUCAAUAUUUAAUAAUAAAAAAUAGCUUAUAUCACAGA